AUGUGGGAAAGUUCUCCUUGCAACGGCACCUGUCCAAAUCUUAGCUCAGACAACAAAAAUUGCGGGACAUGUGGCAAUGUUCCACAGACCACAUUUGCUACGGAGCCUGUGCCACUCAGUAUUGCAGUAGGCGACUUUAAUGGAGAUAAAUAUCUCGAUAUCGUGACUGCGAAUUUCGCUAGUGGGGCAGUGAGUAUAUUACUUGGGAAUGGAGAUGGUAGUUUCCAGACGCAGACCACAAUCACUGUAGGGGAUAUACAGGAGGGUGUUGCAGCAGGCGACUUCAGUGGAGAUGGCCAUCUCGAUAUAGUGACCACGAGUGUGACCAGCAAUUCAGUGAGCAUCUUACUCGGAAAUGGAGAUGGGACCUUCCAGGCGCAGGUAACAUACCCCGUGGGGUCUCACCCGAACGGUGUCGCAGUAGGCGACUUCAAUAAUGAUGGCCAUCUUGAUAUUGUGGUUGCAAACCAGGGCAGCAAUACAGUGAGUGUCUUGCUCGGGAAUGGAGAUGGGACCUUCCAGGCGCAGAUUGUACUUGCUGCAGGUACCGAGCCAUUCGGUAUUGCAGUGGGUAUUUUCAGCGGGGAUGGCCAUCUUGAUAUUGUGGUUACGAAUGCCGAUGAUAAUACAGUGGGCGUCUUGCUUGGGAAUGGAGAUGGUACCUUCCAGGUACAGACCACAUUCCCUACAGGGACCACCCCGUACAGUGUUACAGUGGGCGACUUCAAUGGAGAUGGCAAUCUCGAUAUUGUGGUUGCAAACCAGGGCAGCAUGACAACGAGUAUCUUGCUUGGGAAUGGAGAUGGUACCUUCCAGGCGCAGACCAGUUACAUCGUGGGGUUCCAGCCGACCGGAAUUACAGCAGGCGAUUUUAACGGGGAUAGUCAUCUCGAUAUCGUGUCUGCAAAUCAGGGCAGCGAUACACUGAGCGUCUUGCUCGGAAAUGGAGAUGGUACCUUCCAGGCGCAGACCACAUACCCCGUGGGGUCUAGUCCAAGGGGUCUUGCAGUGGGCGACUUCAAUGGAGAUGGCCAUCUCGAUAUCGUGGAUACAAACCUAGACAGUAAUACAGUGAGCGUCUUGCUCGGGCAGCCUUGCAGCGCUUAG